UCUCUCCUCACAACCACUUGGUUCACCCUCCAAAGUAAUAGCAUAAAGCGAGAGAGACUUGCAGAUAAAAGCUCAAAAAGUCAUGGAGAAAACCGUGAGACUCAAAACUGUCAAUGUAUUGUGAAGCAUUAACCUAUUCUUACCUACUCUGCAUGUUUGUGUGUGACUGAGAGACAGCCGGAGAUAUUACCGGACGGUGGUCGACGGUGAAGAAUGGCCGGGUUGGUUCAAGAUCGGAAUGGAGAAAAACGGAUGGACAAGCAGAUUGGUUGCAUGUCCGGUUUCCUUCAGAUCUUUGAUCGCCAACAGAUUUUGGCCGGCAAACGCAUCCACUCCACCAAGCGCCUCCCUCCUUCCUCCGGAGUCCCUGCAUCAUCGGAGACGGUGAGCUCCGUUAAGUCGCCGGUGUUUUCUGGAGAGGUAGGAAAGACUGAGCCACAGAAACAUGCGGUGGUGGUACCAGCAAGUCCAAACAGUUCUCAAUCGUCCGUGGAGGGGAAUGCGAAAGUCCGCCCGAUAGCAAUGCCGGAGAUAUCACAGCUGUUGGUUCCGAGAGAGGUCCGUAUGAACAAUGCAGUUGCAUCAGUCAAUGGUGCCAAUUGUAAUAGCAAGGUUGCCGAAGGCGAUGACAAGCAACGGCGAUCCCCCAGCGUCAUUGCGAGACUCAUGGGACUCGAGCCAUUGUCAUCUUCCGAUCAGAAAAGUUCACAGCCCGUUACAAAACUGACGCUACGGAGAUCUGCUUCGGAAUCUACGGAUUCAAGAGAUCUGGUUCGCUCAAAAUACAUCGACGGCACCAAUUUCCAGGUGAAACUGCCGAAUCAUUCCCAAAAGAGAACUGUAGAAACUAUUGUUACAGAUGAAGGGAGAAAUGUAGGUAACAGAGACUCGUCAAAUGGUAGUGCCAUGAAAUCAAUGCGAAAUGCAUCGGGAAAUCCGAAGUCUGAAUCUCCUAGAACGUCUCCAUGGAGGUCGUCUCAGCAAAAGAGAAGCUUCUUUGAUUCAGCGGAUUUUUUCCCGGAGCCAAAUCAGAUGACGGUGUCGAUGCAUGGGGAUUUCGAGAAGAAAUUGAAGAUGAGAGGGAUGGAUGAACAGUCCAAUGAUCUAGGCACAUUGAAACAAAUUCUUGAGGUUUUGCAACUUAAAGGUCUUUUGCGUUCUACCAGACCUCCAAUUAGAGACCACCAGCAAAAUUUCGUCUUCGAUCGGAAUCUGCCUUCCGACGAAUCCAGCAUAAUCCUCAUGAAACCUUCGCGUUCGGCAGUCUCAAAAGUUGAUAAACAGAGAUCUGCAGAUGAUUCUCGAGGACCGCGUAGAUAUGCUACCGAAAUUUCUCCGUCCAUUAGUCCAAAACGGGAAGGUGGAGCUGUUGAUCGGACCGGGAGGAGUCCGGUGAGAGCUAGAAACUCUUCGCCCACUCGAAUCGAGAGUAACUUAAAGAGUUGUAAUUCAAUUGUGAAAAGGAGACCAUUAAGCAUUGAAAUCCAAAAAAGAGCAAAUGAUUCCUCCGAUUCACUUCGAACCACGCCAAUUAAUUCUCCCAAACUUACACCUAAAAGAAACCAUUCCUCAACUAACAGGUCUCCAAUACACCAGAAACCGAUGGAAUCAUCCUCGUUUAAUUCUCCAAAGCAACGGAUCAUCAAAAACGUAGUUACGGACGACGAAUCAUCCUCCAUUUCUGAAAGCACCUUCAGUACACCUUCAACAACCGAUACAGAGAGAUCCAAAUGGGAGGGACUCAGAGAAGGAAGAAGUUCGUUACAUAAAUAUGACAAGUUGCAACAUAGCGUAGGUAAGAUGAACAGUGCCACUGAGUCACCGCCGAUUUCAACCACAGUUCUACCGAGUCCGGUGUCGGUCCUUGACUCGGGAUUUGACAAGGACGAGUCGUCGUCUCCUUCACACAGCAUUGAUUACAAAGCAACUCUAGCCGUUGAUUUUGAAGAGGGUAGUUGGAGCUCUUCAAUAUUGGAGACGAAAUCAACAGAACACCAAGAAUUCAUAUCGGAUGACUCUGAUUUCAUCUACAUUUCUGAGAUACUUGGAGCAUCGUAUUCGCAACACCUUCAGGAAGAUUCCAAUGUCUUCUUCUCGAUCGAGAAACAGCUAUACAAUACCAAAGACACAUCGAAGGUCUCUAAACGCCAACGAAAGCUCGUGUUCGACGUAAUCGUCGAAAUCCUUGAGAAAAGUAGACAGUUUCCGCCAUGGAAGAAGGUGGUUUCGUUUACAGAUUCCGGUAUGUCUCUAAAACAGAUAUGGUCUGAAUUUCAGAAAAUCCGAGAGAUAAACACUGGCGAUGGCCUAUUGGAAUUGAUUACCGGUGUUUUAAGGAAAGAUAUCGUCGGAAUCAAUGAUUGGGAAGAUUAUCCGAUCGAGACGUCGGAAACGAUACUGGACAUCGAACGGAUGAUCUUCAAGGAUUUGGUGAACGAAGCAAUCGGAGAUCUAUCUGAAUUUUCCGGCAGAUCUAUGUUUUUGAGACCUCAAAGGAAACUAGUUUUUUAAAGCUUCAGAAAUUAGUUUAAUCUAAUAAUUUUCAUGCUCUUUUUCUCAUUUAAGAUAUAAUUUUAUUCCUUAAUUUUGUUUUUUUGGUUAGUUUUGUUAAACCACCUACCUUUGUAACUAGUACUGUAUUUGAUGCUUACUUUUGUUUAUUAGUGUAACUAUAGAAAUCUUGAAAGAAACAUUAUACUUAGAAAUAUGAACAUGUUCGCUUCCUGUC